GCGCUGAAUCGAAGAAAUUUGGUCUCCAUUUGCUUUCCGUUUCCUUCUGAUUCUAACUAAUGUUUAUGUUUUUAUAGAGUGAAGUUUGAAUUUGUUUUUUUUUCAUCUCAAGACUAAUUAGUUUUGUUAAUCACUUGGAAUUAGUCUGAAUCAUGGUGACAUUUGAACAGUUUGUUGAAACUUGUCUCUCUGAGGUUGUUGAUGAAGAAAAUCCUGUUGAGAAAAUAAAUGGUCAGUUAACUGCUUUAAAGACUAAAUAUGAAAAAUCUCCUAUAUGGAAGAACAAGGCUUUGGAACAGAUAUUGGCUCAUUACGAUCAUUCUAUUAAAUCUGAGGCUGAUAAAAAUGGUAAACAGUUGGUUUAUUAUGAUUUUAGAGAGGAGUUUAAAAGAUUGGAUAAGUAUUUGAAUACUUUAAAGAGUAAAGAUAAAAAAGAGCGGGCCAAGCUGAUGAAAAAAAUUAAAGAUUUACAAACUCGUAUCAAAAAGGAUUUAAGGAAAAUUGAUCGAUUGGACCAAUCUGAGAUUUCAAUUGAUGAUUUGGAUAAUGAAAACUCUGAUCAUAUGAAGAAACAGAAAUAUGAACAGAGAGUUAAACGUUUCUCAAACAAGUUACUCCGUCUUCAAGGUGCUAAAGAAUCAGCUCGUUUACUUGAUCAAGUCUACAAAUAUACCGGUACAGAAUAUCCAGAAUUAAAUGAAUCAAUCUCAACCAAAUAUCGUGCGAUCAUGCAGAAAAAGUACAAAGGUAAAAUCCCUCAACGGCCGAUGAAUUCAACACCAAGUAUUGCAGAUAUCACGGAGCUCAUUGACAAAUUUUGUACUGAGAAGAAUAUUCCAAUCGCCGACAAGGCUGAAUUGGCUUUAAAAAUCACUGGCGAUAUUAUAAACGAAGUCCAAAGGCGCCGUGUAUUAGAAGUGCUCGAGAUGAUGAACGAUUACGAACAUGACUCUCACCUUCGACCUGAUUCAGUACCAGAUCUCGCUGAUGAAGAAUUGAAUAAAAGGCUGAUCAGCAAUGAAGAAAAAGGUCGAGAUAGUUUUAUUAAGAAAAGAGAAGAACUGAAAAAAAAGUUGGACUCUGUGGAAGCGGGAGAUAUUGGAGGCGAAGAAGGAACUGCCAGUGAAGAAGAGGAAGAUGAUGAUGAUGACAUGUUAGAAGAUGGACUUGAUGAAGAUGAAGAUGAAGAGAUCAGUGAAGAUGAAGUCAUGGAAACCAAUGAAGCCAAUCCUGAGGAUGAUGAAGAUGAUGAUCCAAUUCUUUUAGAUGAAGCAGCACCAACUGUAAAUGGGAACAUCAAAGCUGCAGAAACAUCGUCGUCUAAUGACAACAAGAAACGAUCUCUUGAUACUAAUGGAACAGAGACAAAUGGAGAUGAACCAUCAAAAAAGAUCAAAGUUACAGAAUCUCAAUUGGAAUCAAAUUCCGAGAAAAAAGAAGAAAUCUCUUCAAUUGAAAAGAACGGAGAAGUUGAAAUGAAAGAAGAGCCUAAAAGCGAGCCAAAGGAAGAGCCAAAAGAGGAAAAAGUCGAAAUAACCGAGAAGACCAAAGAAGAAAAAGAUGAACCAAUUGAAGACCAAAGUACCAAAAUUUCCACCGAACUUAAAGAAGAAGAAAAAAAAGAAGAAGUAAAAAAGGAAGAAUCAACAACAAUUAACGAUCAACCAGAAAAUGCACAAAGUUCAUCGGCGAAAGUGGAAACAGAUGAACCAAAAUCAGAAGCAAUUAAAAGCGAAGUUGAAACUGAUUCUAAUCAAUUAAAAACAAACAAAUCUGAAGUCGAUAACAAUAUUAAAAUUGUUGAUCUCGAAGAGGAAAAUCGAACUAUGGAUGACCAAUCCAAUGUCGAUGAUGAUGACGAUGAUGUUAUUUGUUUAGAUUAAAUUUUCUAUCUAACCCUCUUCCAAGCAAUUAACUUUACCUUGUCAUUCACUUUGAAAUCAUCUUGAUUGUCAAUAACUCUUAACAAUUAUCGAUUUUAUCUUCUUUUUUUUCUAAAUCUUGUUAAUUACUUUGUUACUUUCAACUGUAUAAUAACAUGGUAACAAAAUCUUA